AUGGUUGAAUUCUGCGAAAAUGUUUCAGAAAUUACAUGCAAUUUUGAAGCAAUUGGAGAGAAACUUUCAUCAUUUAUCUUGUCAAUAUGUUCUAAAGAUACUGCUCAUAUCGCCUUUAACGGGAUAUUAGAGUUCAUUGGAUAUAUAGUUGAAAAUAAUAAAUCGGUUAAGUUAGAUUCCCCCGAAGCAUUUAGUGAUCUUACUUCACUCAUAGAGCUCACAACUACUUUAAUUGUUGCAAGUCAAUUAAAAAAUUCUGAUUUUUGCUUUCCUCGAAGUUAUUUAUUCAACUAUCUUAAUCCUUUCAAAAUUAACUUAUUUUCAAUUCAACAUGAAGAAGAUGAAAAUGAAUUCAGUAUAAAAGAUCAUCUCGAAGAAAUAUUAAAACAAUCCUUUGCGAGAGCUAAGGCUCAUAUGGAAAAUAAUAAAUUAACUUUUGGGCUUUAG